GAUUAACAAACUGAAGAAAGGUCGUUUACAAUGGAGGCCUCCAAAUUAUUACUGACUGGUUUAGUGCUGAUCAUCUGUGCCUUCAUUUGUCAACUUAUUGGGUUAGCUUCUCCAUAUUGGGUAUCCUAUGAAAUUUUAGGAAUAAAGGCACACUUUGGUUUAUGGAAAACAUGCGCAAAGGUUAAAUUACUUGACAUAGAUGAGUGUUCUGAUUACGACUCGGAGAUUAUACCAGAUUGGAUUAAAGCUGUAAGAGCAACAAGCAUUUUGGGAUUCAUAUCACUUUAUGUUGCUCUUGUAGUGACAAUUUUGAAAUUGUUUUUCCUCAAAGAUAUGAAACCAGCUUUAUUUGCCGCAAUAGGCAGUGCUUUCAAUGGAGCUCUCUUUAUAUUGAUAUCGAUUGCUGUUUAUUCGUCAAAAGUUGGCGACUUCGGCCUCUCUCAGAUUACGUAUGAUUACCACUUCGCCUUUGUCUUCUGCAUCAUGGCGAUGUUAGCAGCGUUUGGUGCUGGAUCUGUGAUGGUGGUGGAUGCAGUUAGAUCUAAAACCAUUUGAAAAGGAUUUAUUUCAUUCCUAUAAAAACGUAAUGAAUUUCUUCUGUUCAUCGUCAUUCAUAUUUGGUUAAAGCUGCUUUUAGAGUUUGUUUAAACUUUUUUUUGCAAUCCCACUGGUGAGUUCACUUAUCUAUUAAGGACGUUAUUCGGAAAGGGAACGAGCUGAGUGUACAUUUCUUCAUAUUUGUCAGAAAACGGCUAUAUGAAUGCAAAAUACAAUGGUACAUAAAUGCAUUUAAUUUUUAUGCAAUAUUUUUUACUAAUUAAUUCCGUUUUUCCAUCAUUUAUACGUUUUUGUUUACCAAGUAAAUGUAAUUAAAUUGCUCGCAAUGUGUAAUAUUAAAUAUUUAAAAACAUGUAGUCUACUGCAUUAUGAUUUUAUGUCAUAGUCCUGAUGUUUGUUUAGUUCAAAUGAUUUUUUGUUUAAAGCUGCUUGGUCCGAUUAUUUUUGUUAUUACAGUAUCAAAUUAUUUUCCAUACAAACCAUCUAUCGUAUAAAGUUAUAGACGUUCUCAUAUUUACACCAGCAGAAUCUGUCUCCUUCCAAAGUUAAAAAUAUUCAAAGUAAAUAAAGAUAAAUUCUUUUUGGCAAACGAAAAAAACAAACCAAAAUGCAUAAUGGUAAUGUUAAGUAAAGUGGAUCGUUUGGUUUCGUCCCCCGAAUGAUUAGGGUUAUUUUACCCGCAUGCUAUGCAUCGAUUGUAAAAAGAGCCCACUUCAGAACAAAGGUUUGUUUGUAAUUAGCCUUAACAUUAAGACCUUUAUUUAUAGCGAUGUGAAAGUCGUGAAACGACCAUACCCGUCUCGACGUCAGGGGUGAAUUUUAACAUGAGGCGAAAUAACGCGGUACCCUUUCAUGUCGUAUGUUUUGUGAACAAGGAGGUAUAGCGCUUUUUCCCAUUAUUGUGCCAACACGUGUGUUUGGACGGUAAGUACCUGUUACUAAAACUAGCUUCAGGUACAUAGCUGUCGCAAUAUGAUUUUCGAAACCAAGAUACACUGUACUGAUUUUGGUGUCUGUAACAACUGAUUUGUCAUAAAUUCGGGAAAUUAAAGUUUGCGUAUAAUAUUAGUUGAUAUUCUGAACCGUGAUUAAUUCAAGCAAAAUAUAUUUAUAAUAGCAUUGAAUCAUGAGUUUUUGAAAGAAAUAGUCUCAUAACUGCAGCGGUGUGUGCACACAAAUUGAGUAACGCGCGAAAUUUGUAUGCACACAUCGCUGCAGUUACUCUUGAAUCAUCAGAUUUCGUGGUGGCUCAAUUUUCGUUGGUAUCUCUCAUCCACAAAUUAACAUCCUCCACGAAUAUAUAAAUUUGAGAUAAAAAGUCAUAUUUCCCUUUGCAGGUGUAAUAGAAUACACGAAAUUACGUCCCCUUGAACUGUAAAAUUAAAGCAAUCCACGAAAAUUGGCCCCACCGAAUUUUAAUA